AUGCUUAAUAUAUUAAUUUUAAUUAUUUCAUUUAUAUCAUCCCUGGCGAUAAACCAGGACGGAGCCACAUUUUGUAAUUUCCCAAAGCCUUCAAGUACAAAUUAUACAAAGACCGGUUCAGUCAUUAGUGGCUACAAUGAUUUUAAAAUGCAAAGGAUUAUACUGGAAGGGAGUCCAGGAACUUGCAAUCCAAAAAUUCCGAAGCAAUGGAAUUCUCUUUUCACAGUUAAGGAUGGGGGAACUGUUGCUAAUUUAAUACUUGGCGUCGCGCCAGACGGCACUUCUGCUGAUAUCAGUUGCAUGGGAAGUUGUACUCUUAAAAAUGUUUGGUGGGAAAAUGCUUGUUGGCGAGCUGCUAGCUUCCGUGCUACAGCGGCAUUCAAUUCAAGACGUACAAACCAGGAAGGAGAUUCAACACAAUAUACAUAUAUCGUAGAUGGAGGAGGCGCUCUAGACGGCUUUCAAAAAAUUUUCGAUCAGAGCGGACCUGGAAAGACUAUAGUAAAGAACUUUUGCGCAGCAAAUAGCCAGAUAAUUCUUCGAGCGUGUGGGGAUUGCGGAAGACAAUACCAACGAGAUUUAACGAUUGUGGACUCUAAAUUCAAGGGACCUGGACUUCUUAUUAUGGGGCCUAACCAUCAAUACAAUGACAAAGUAACUCUUCGAAACGUUUCUGUUUAUGGCAACAACAAUCCAGCAACUAAAAUGGCUUUUGCAUGUGUAGAGGCAGUGCAAAAUGCUGCAAAUCCUUGGCAAUAUGCUUGGAUAGCUGGAAAGGCUGGAACUGGUAGUUCUUGUAAUUACCCAGCUUCCGCAUUUAAAGUGGUCAAUUGA